AUGUCGGACUUCACUAUCGCGCCAGACCCAGAUCUGUAUCUGCCCGCGAGUGCGCGGGGCCAGGAACCCGAGGACUGGAAGUCGGAGACCACUUCCAUCGCCUCGUCUUUGUAUAAAGGCUUCAUAGAGAAUGGCCGCCGAUAUCAGACCCUGCGAAGCUCGGGGUAUUUCAGCCCCUCCGACGAGCGCCAGUUUGAGACCUAUGAGGUCGGACAUAUCCUGUGUCUGCUGAUGAAUAUUGAUCAGCCCAACCCUCUCUUUAACUCACCAGUCACGGCACCAAAGCAUGUGCUCGACAUCGGCACCGGCCAGGGGUCGUGGGCCGUCGAUGUCGCUGAUAUGUUCCCGGACGCAGUGAAAUUCGAUUUGAUUCAUCUCCGGCAUGGCAUUGGGGCCUUUUCGCCCGAAGAGUGGGAUAAUUUGCUGAAGCAGUGCUACGAUAACCUUGAGCCCGGCGGCUGGUUCGAACAGAUCGAAAUGAAUUUAGUGGUGGAUUGUGACGAUGAUAGUAUCCCUCCUGAUAGCAUUCUCCGCACAUGGGGACCCCGAUUCUCCGCCGCGGGGGAGAAGAGCGGCAGACCUCUCGACAUUACGAAGACGAUGCGCGCGACAAUCGAAAAGGCCGGAUUCGUCGACGUCCACGAGAAAUACGACAAGUGGCCCAUCGGCGCGUGGCCCCGUGAUAAGUCUUUGAAAGAAGCCGGUCUUGUCAAUGUCCAGCAUUGGCUAGCUGGGAUGGAGGGCUAUUCGAUGUACCUGCUCACGAAGUUUGGCGACCCGGUCCCCUGGACCAAGGAGGAAGUUCUGGUCUAUAUCGCUGAGAUGCGAAAGGCCCUGAAGAAUCCUCAUUAUCAUCCCUAUCAGCGUGGAAAGAGAGUCUGGGCCCGGAAGCCUUUUCCUGAUGAAGUUGCCAUCAAGUCCGAACCCCAUGACUAG